AUGGGGACAGAAGGAGAAGAGGAGAGAGGGAGAACCCGUAGCAGCCGGGAAAACCAGAAGUGGAAUCUAACGGAACAGAAAGAAGUAAUCAAGAGUAUGAAUGAAGGUGGUAGUGAGGAACUUGAUAACAAGAAUGUCACAGAAAAGCAAAACCAGCCAGCGCUGCCCCAGGAACAGACUGCACCCCAUAAGAAGAAGAAGCAGACCACCCUCAAGGAGCACAUGAAGAAGAUCGUCAUGAAGUGCGAGUGGAAUAUGUGCCACAGCGUCUUCUACAAGAUGGAGCCAUUCGUGACACACGUUGCUGAACAUUGCACCUGUACAAAGGAUCAUCUGACGGGUGACGGCUAUAUCUGUUACUGGCGGGAAUGCGGCUUUGCAUGUCCUACCACCGAGGAGCUGGACCGUCACAUCUUCUUCCAUGCCUUUCACACAAAGAUCAAAAGUUUAGGGACAGUCGUUCUGAAGGAAAAGAAUUAUCACUGUUCUCUAGACUCCUCGGGAUGCAACAUGAUCCCAGAGAUUCCAGAGCCCUUCCAGUGCAUGUGGGAAGAUUGCAAGGUGUCCUUCGCCUCAGCACAAAACUUCUACUGGCACGUUCAGAGCCACGUUGUGUGCUCCGACCCCAAUACAGACAAAGUGUACAAGUGUUUCUGGGAAGGUUGUUCGACAGUGUUCACCCAGAAGAUAAAGCUGCGAGACCACAUGAGAAGCCACACUCAGGAGAAGCUCGUGGGAUGUCCAAACUGCGGCAUGAUAUAUUCCUGCAAUACCAAACUAUAUGAUCAUUGCGUCGCAAAUCCAUUGAUAGAAAUGUUACACUACAAGUGCUCCCACUGCUCAAGAAAGUUCGGAACCGAGAGACUGCUCAGAGAUCACCUCCGGCAUCACAUCAACCUCUUCAAGUGCUCUGAAUGCGACAUGACCACCCCUUCCAAAUCAACCCUUGCAACUCAUUUCCGCUUCAGACACUCCAAAGAGAAGCCGCAUAAGUGUCCUCAGUGUGGCCGUGGGUUCAAACACACGUAUGACUUGGGUCGCCACAUGACCACACACUCUGACGAGCCAGCGUAUGUGUGCCCUUAUGAAGAAUGUGAUUUUGCUGCAAAGGCAGUGACCACUUUAAUGAGACAUGUUAAAAGGAAACAUAAUGGAAUGAUGGACAAGCCGUACCUGUGCCACAUAUGCAACACAAAGUAUGAUGUAGGAUACCGUCUCUCCAAACACCUUAUGCAAGUUCACAAUUUCCAUUGUCCAUCUGGGCACAGUAGGUUCAGGUACAUCCAAGAUGAAGAUGGCUACUACCGCCUCCAAACAGUCCGCUAUGAGAGUAUAGAACUAACGCAAGUAAUGGCCAACGAACUAGGGGAAGAGAAUCAGAACGGGCAAGCCGCAGAUUCGCCACAGGUUGUGAACUCCCCUGCGACGACCGUCUCAGCUUGCGAGGGAGAGAAUAGCACCAGUGGGGAGCAUGGAGGGGUUCCUCUCACACCCAGGUCUUUCAAUGAAGUGCAGGAGAAUUCAAAGGAACUUCAAAAGCGCAUCAAUCUCAAGCCACCGAGCAUAGACAAGCAGAUGGCAAACGAAGACAUCAUCUUACCCCUAGAGUACGCUGGGCUUUCCUAAUGACAAGCAGAGGAGCCUCAAUCAGUACAUUCCUCUGUUCCCGCAGUCGCACAUUUGCGGUCAAAAGUGUGAAAGGAAGUCUUUUUGGGGGGAGGGCGGUUGGGGCUACCAAUAAAAAAUUGUUUAUCAGAUUGUGCUUGCAAACACGGUAGGAAAUGACAUGUAUUAUUGUUUUACUUGCAAUAGGGAAGGCUAAUUAAAAGGUAUAUACAAAAUUUUACAGUAUGAGUUUUAUAGGAAAAUAUAUUGGGUUUUAGAGUCCUGAAAGGAAAUAUAAGUUUUAUAUUUAGGUUUUUAUUCGGUAAUGUGACAAGCACUCAU